UUAAGAUAGAGAGAAUUUCCAAUGGCCUCCAAGUUUCUCUUGCUAGCAUUGCUUGCCAUAACUUCCUCCAUUGCUUUUGCAUCUGACCCGAGUUCUCUUCAGGAUUUCUGCGUGGCUGACGCAAUGAACUCAGUACUUGUGAAUGGUCUUGUCUGCAAGGAUCCCAAGCUUGCUGAAGCCAAUGACUUCUUCUUCAGUGGGCUUCACCUAGCAGGCAACACAUCAAAUGCAGUUGGUUCGCGUGUGACCCCUGUCAACGUAGCCCAAAUUGCAGGGCUUAACGCUCUUGGUAUCUCCAUUGCGCGUAUCGACUAUGCGCCAUGGGGUAUUAACCCUCCCCACACACAUCCUCGAGCUAGUGAAAUCUUGACAGUCCUGGAAGGGAGCCUCAAAGUGGGUUUUGUCACUUCCAACCCUGAAAACCGUCUCAUCUCCAAGGUACUUGAGAAGGGUGAUGUGUUUGUGUUCCCUGUCGGUCUCGUGCAUUUCCAACAAAAUGUGGGAUAUGGUAAUGCAGUUGCCAUUGCAGCUCUCAGCAGCCAAAAUCCAGGUGUCAUUACCAUUGCAAAUGCAGUAUUUGGAUCAAAGCCCGACAUCUCUGCUGAUAUUCUUGCAAAGGCUUUCCAAGUGGAGAAGAACACAGUCUACAAUUUGCAGUCGAAGUUUUAG